UAAACACAAGGAUUUUCUGGAAUCUAAGGGAUGCUUUGCCAACACAACACAACAUCCUCUGCCCAAAAAGUCAGCCCCUCGUCUUCUGUUGUCACAGGUCCAAGUGUCAGUGAGCCUCCGGGCCCCUGCAGUGUGUCUGCUCGCCCAGACCCUGCUGCAGAUUUGGACUCGAAGUCCUCCAGCUCACAUUCUGACCACUCCUCUGAGACCUCAUUGCCUGAAAUCCAAAAGGAUAAAUAUAUCAAGGAGUGUAGCCUGCUAAAGCCGCAGACAAAAGAUGGGCAACGCCCUGAGUGGACAUUUUACCCGAGGUUUAGCAGCAACAUCCACACCUACCACGUCGGAAAGCAGUGCUUCUUUAAGGGGGUCUUCCUCGGCAACAGGAGGUCUCUAGCGGAGAGGACGGUGGACAAGUGCCUCGGGAGAAAGAAAUAUGAUAUUGAUCCCAGGAAUGGAAUCCCAACAUUAACUCCAGGAGAUAAUCCAUAUAUGUACCCAGAACAGAGUAAGGACUUCUACAAAGUAGGAGCAACUCUUCCACCAGUGAAUUUUUCAUUAGUGCCUUAUGAAAAGAAAUAUGAUACAUUUAUUCCACUUGAGCCUCUUCCACAAAUUCCCAACUUGCCUUUCCGGGUAAAGGAGAAGGCCAACAAGCUGAAGAAUGAGAUAAGAGAAGUUGAGGAGCUGGAGAGCUGGCAGUCAACGAUCCCUUUGAUAAACAGUGUAUUCUCUGCUGGUGGGUUAAAGAACCUUCAAAAAACAGCAUAAAAACUGGAGGCCAGUCCAGAAGAGCAGGCUUUUGAGCGGCUUCUCCAUGGAGAGGAGAAAAGGCAGAGCCGAUCUCAGAGUGAAUGGUGUCUUUUGGCCCAGAGAUGAUCCCUUGAGCAGACAGGGCCCCACUUCAUGGGUUGAGUGUGUUGGUUGGGAACUCUUAGUCUUUUUGUUUGUUGCUAAUCCUCACCCAAGGAUACUUUUUCCAUUGAUAU